AUGGCAGAGCAGAGAGCACAAGAUGUGGUAAACCAAACUCAGUCGGUCGGCGACCUCUCGCCUUCCGACGCACCUGCGGCCACAUCCACACCUGAUAUCAAAGCUUCUGGGGACGACGGUGGUGUUGUGGAGGCGGCGCCGAAAGAGAAUGGAAUCCAUAUCCCCUCAAAUCCUAAGAUGGAAGAAAUCGACGACGGGUCCACUCGCUCAGACACGGAUACCAGCCGUGCUGAGGGAAGUAUUGCUGGCGACAAGUCCGCGGAACCGAAGCCACUUAAGAAAUUGGCAGCCAAACCUGUCAGCUUUGCCAAAUAUGCGGUGCCCAAGCCCAAUGCCACAACAAAUGCCGCCAAAGGCACCGAGAAAGCUUUAGUUACCACUCCGAAUUCCUCCACCUCGUCACUUGCACAGGCUGGUCGCCCGCGACUAGUGGCCAAGACUACGGGCUCUCUUCAAUCCAAGUCCAAGCCUAACACGAGUGCCACACCAGAUCCGAUGCAAGUCUGGAAUAAGAAUCGAGUCACGCCCCAACCCUCGACGAAACAUUUGACCGACGAAGAGCUUAAGCAGCAGUAUGGGAUUCAUUUGACGUCGCGAAUCCAGGCAGACGGUGAGGGGAAAGAGGCGAAGUGGGCAGAUAUUGAUGAUGACGAAGACGACUGGGCUCCGGAAACUAUUGAAUGGAACGAUGGCACGAAGAGUAUCUUACCGCCUGCCGAUGCGGCCCAUCAAAGCACGCAGAAAUCAGCGACACCUUCAGAAACAACAGAAAAGGCGAAGCCUCCGGCACCCUCAAAAAUUUUGACCCCGCCGUUUACGAGUUCAGUUGGCCCCAAUGCCACCGUCCUCAAACUGGGUGCCAGUGCUGAAAGACAGCAGGCACAGAAGGUCGCCAACCUUCAUUCCAAAAGUCCUGCAGAGAAGCCGUCUUUGACGUCCUCGAAGACAACACCAGCUCCGGCACCGGCCAAAUCUCCAUGGGCAACCUUACCCCCUGUUGAUAAAGUCUCGCCCGUUGCCAUCAAUCCACCAACGUCGAUGCCACCACCCAGUCGAUUCCCUCCGAACAAUGUGUAUGGACAAAGCCCAUCGACUUUGACAGCACCAUCUCCCGCCAAGGAGAUAUCGGCAGAUGAUUUCAAUCGUUCCUGGCGCGACUCUCUCCCCAGUCAACCUCGAGAGCUCUAUAUGCCAAACUCCGGACGGUAUGAAGCAGUUGCCGAAGGUCGAAGACGCAUGUCUAAGCAUGAGCCAAAUUUCCGGGCACCGGCGGUUCUACAAAGACCGAAUCAGACUGACAUGCACGCUCCGGCGGAACCGUCAGCAGCUUUCCAAACGCACCGGACCAGUACCGAUCAUGCGCGACGCAGAGCAUCGUCUACAAUUUCCGGGGGAAGCGGGCAGUUUGGUCGACGAAUGUCGAUCAAGUCGAAUGAAACGCCAACACCGGUUUUUGAAUCACACAGACACGAUGUCGACGCCGCUAUCCGUCCCUCUUCAAGAGAUGGCCCGGCGUCACAAACCCAAACGCCAACUUACCAAGCUCGUGGCAUGAAUGAUUACAUUUCUGCUGGCGCUUCCUCUGCGACUGAUGCUGAUAUAGAGGCGCAGCGGGCUCAACAGAGGGCGUUGAUGAAAGAAAAUAUCGAACGAGCAAGAAGACGCAAGAUAGAAGAGGAACAGCGGAUGGAAGCUGAGAAACAGGAGCGUAUACGACUUAAGCUAGCGUCCCUCGGGCCGGACCCUAAUCCUGCGAAAAAGAAAGCAGGUGAUGCCACUCAGGAAAGGGAAACAAAGGAUGCCGAGCAGCCUUCGACUUCUUCCGCUCCAGUUACGGGCACAACCACUCAGUCGCCCCCCAAACCUCCUCAGCCACUUCCAUCUGGGGAGCCUCAGCAAUAUGGAAUGAUGAAAGUCUUUCCUGUGGACACCGUCAAGAAAUCGGGGGCUUCAACAUCUCGGUCGAUGGACUCUCAGAGAGUUCCUGUGCGUGUCAAAAUUGAUCAACCUUCCUCGGAAGAAGCUCAACCAGAAGCGACCCCGGUACCUUCUCCCAUCAUCAACGGUGUUCGAGCCGUUCCGGACCUGAGACGAACCAGUGGCCAGGAACCCACGGUUGGCCCCGAACCGAGCCCGAAACUUCCGAAGCCGAGUUCAGUGGGAAACGACGCGAGAAGCGGGUGGGCCGAUAUUCGUCACGAUCACCGGUCCCCUCAGACAGCCAAUCUUUGGGGUCUACCACACAACAAAGCCCUUGGGAAUGGUACUUUCGACUCGGGUCUGGCAGGAUAUGCUCCACAGGAUCUGUCGCGGACGUCUUCCACUGCGCAAGGUUGGAUGAACGGCCGAACACCUCACGCAGGUCGCUCUCCGCAAACACAAUAUGUGAAUCACUCUCUUCCAGAUACCAGAUCCUAUUCUUACCAAUCCAUCACCUCACCGGAUCAGGGUCCGCUAGCCGCUGAUAGCGAGGCUGAUUCAUUGUUCCCGACGACCAAACACGCACCCAUUGCUCCGCCUCAGUCUCAGCCAGUUCACCCUACAACUAAUGGUUUCCAGAACGGUUCCCGAUCAAAUGGCGUGGACGCGUGGACCCACUUCCAUCAAGCCGCUUCUCAACAGGAACGCGCCGAAAAUGAAAGAUUCCAUCGCGAAUUGAUGGCCAGACGUGAGGAAGAGUUACGAACGGGGGUUCGACAAGGACCGCAGUACACAUUCAACGAAACGUGGAAACAAGCACAUGUUGGCGAUCAAGCGGGACAACGACAAGUCACGAAUAUUUCUCAGUCGACUGUUCCUGCCUCGAACGUUUUCGGUGCGGUGGGUUCGUUACCAGGCACCGACCUUGGUCCCAGGAUCAUGAAUGGCCCUUCGAGUCGCGGAUCCAGAUUCUUCCCACAGCCGCUGGGGGUUCCUCCCCCACAAGAUCGACGUGCAUUUACCUACAGUCACCCUGAACCCCCCCGAACACCGUCGCCACCCCCCGCAGAAGACUAUGCAAGUUUUCAUCCUGCCUUUGACGGGGAUACUGCAAGACCCGUUGUACAUUUUCCACGAGAAAAAGCGGUUGUCAAAUUACCACCGGCGAUGCCACCAACACCUCCAAGCCCGGUGCAGGCCCAAGCCGCCCCUGCUGCAGAUACACCCAUGACUUGGGCAGCAAGAGUAUCUAUGCCACCCUCUACCUCAGCGCCAUCACUUCGAGCAAUUUCGACUCCAAUUGCGCAGAAUGCGUCGUGGCAGGAACGAUUUAAUGGAUUGCUGGGCAAGAAAUCUUCUCCCACACGGGAAGUGGCUCAGCCUGUUCAUGCGGUCCUUGCCGUUACAUCAUCUACACGGGAGCCCCUUGAAGUCCCACACGUGGUCAUUCCCGCUGCCUCGGUGUCUCUUCCUCUCGAAGGAGAGGUGGGUUUCCUUGUUGGCGAUGAGUCGGUCACCACCAAAGAUGUCGAGAGCGAAGAUGACCUUUUUGAAGACAGAGAGCUGGGGUCGCUGCCAGCCGUCAGUUUUCCUCUAGAGGCUCCAAUCAUCCCUUGGGCUCCGAUGUUUGGGUCUAGAAUGGCACCUCAGCCCGUCGAAGCUACAUCAGCUUAUCCAUUCAUGGUCAGCAAUUUCAAUGAACGACAUGGCCCUUCCAAACCUCAGUACGCACUCGUUCGGUUCCCCGGAACUAACAAGCCCAUCAAGCGGGAUCUGCCGGUGAAAGGACCAACAUUGAGCAAUGGAGGAAAACAACGAUUUGGUAGCGGUCCGUCAAGCUCAUCCGGAUCAUAUGCCGGAAAGAAUCCAAGAAAUAGGGCCGGACCACGAUCGCGACAGGCGUCCAAGGCCCAUUGA